UUUUUCUGGUCAAUUUGGAUUUGGCAUCCUCAAAACGGAAGAUGGGUUUGAGUGCAGUUAGUUUGUCUGGGUUGGACUUACGAGUCUUAUUCUGUUUUCGCACUGCCAAACUGCAAACUAGUUAGCUGAGCAGCGGGCCGCCCAGCCAGCCAGCCAAGCAAAGCAAACCUCCUCUUCCUCCUCCUCCUUCCCACAACUACAAAUAUUAAAUAGCCGGGGCGGGCAAGCGGGUCUACCUUCCUUUCUUUUCCCCCACCUCCUAACCGUAUUCUCUCCUCCCAAAUUAAAUGCCUUCCCCCUUUUCCCGUUCCCUCCACAUUACAUAAAUCCACACCAUCGCCGUUCUCCCCAGUUACGUACCAGCCAACCUCUCUCUCUCUCUCUCUCUCUCUAACUUCAUCCAGCUCCAAAUCUCUCAACAGCCAGAAACAUUCGCCCAAAUUUUGGACUGCUAUAAAGGAAAACCAGCUUCCGAUUGCUGCUCUGCAUCUUCAUCCCCCCCCCCAAUUUCCACCACGCAAACCCUACUCCGUUUCCUUUCGACGGGAUUCCGGAUUCUCAAAUCAAUUUCCCCUGCUGAAUCACUAUGGCCCCGGCGGCGGCGGAUAAUUACAGCCAUUGCUACGGAGGUGGAAGCGAUGACGACGAUCAGGCGCAGACGGUUUGCGUGAUGGACGCCUCCGGCCGAUUAGGCUCCGCUCUCGUCCACAAGCUGCUGCUCAGAGGAUACGCCGUCCACGCCGCCGUUCAGAAGCUAGGGAAGUCGCAGCAAAGUUUGGAAUUGUCAUGGGGUAACCACAAGAAUUUGAGGAUAUUCCAAACGGACUUGUUCGACUACCACACCAUAAUGGAAGCUCUGAAGGGAUGCACCGCCUUGUUCUAUUCCUUCGAGCCACCAUCUGAUCACCCCAAUUACGAUGAAUUAAUGGCGGAUGUGGAGGUGAUGGCGGCACACAACGCGCUGGAAGCCUGCGCCCAAACGCCCACAGUGCACAAGGUGGUGUUUACUUCCUCAGCAACAGCUGUUCUCUGGAAAGAGGAUCGCUCCUCUUCCUCUCUCCUCAUCAAUGAGUCCAGCUGGUCCAACAUUAACCUCUGCCGCAAGUUUAAGCUAUGGCACGCACUGUCCAAAACGCUGGCGGAGAAGACAGCCUGGGCGCUGGCGAUGGACCGGGACAUCAACAUGGUCACGGUCAACGGCGGCCUCCUCCUGUCCUCCGACCUCACCAUCGCCAACCCUUACCUCAAGGGAGCGGCCGAGAUGUACGACGACGGGGUCCUCGUCGCCGUCGACCUCAAGCACGUCGUCGACGCCCACGUCUGCGUCUUCGAGGACGCCUCGUCGUUCGGACGGUACCUCUGCUUCAACCACGUCGUCAACUCUCACGACGAGGUCUCCAAGCUCGCCCGCGUCUUGUUGUCGCCCUCCGGCCAGUUCUCGCUCCCUCCUCCCGGCAUGGUGGAGAAGGGCGUCCAGCAGCGGAUUAGCAACAAGAAGUUGCACGAGCACAUGGUGGGCUUCGAAACUGGGCUUCGGAUAGAUUGAUUUGAUUGAUAAGCCCACGAACUACAACCGGGAAGGCCCGUGACGGACCCAACGUCUCUUACCGGGUAGCAGGCCAUGCACCUUUCACAGCACAGUUCAAAUCUGAACAGGGAUAUAUAGCAAACAGGCCUAAACUCCUGUCGGGGUUGGAAAAAAAUAUGCAUGAAAGGCGAUCCAUACAAAUGUACAAGUUGUUAUAUCAGUUUAUAUCUCUCAAUAAUAUUCAAAUUUUGCAACCAACAAACAAGCGCAAACGAUCGACCAUAUGUACAACGAUAUCGAUAGAACGGGAUAGUUGAACAAAAAUGUAAAAUUAUAGUAGGUCAUGAUCAAUCGUACUG